UCAAAAUUCAGUCGCGCGCCGAAGCUUGCACGCGACAGACGUGUGUCUAAAUUAACCGUAAACUUUACGUGUGAUGCAGUGAUUAGGUAGAAUAAACAUUCGUGAAUUGGUGACAAUUAUUGACAUUAUGGUGACUGGUGUGGCUGGCACGCAGGCUCAUCCUGCCAACAUGAGCUCAAGUGGAGAUCAGAAAAAAGGAGACAAUAGAAGAAGCAACAAGCCGAUAAUGGAAAAAAGGCGUCGCGCGCGCAUCAAUAAUUGUCUCAACGAGCUCAAGGCGCUGAUCCUCGAUGCGAUGAAAAAAGACCCCGCCAGGCAUUCGAAGCUUGAGAAGGCGGACAUUCUGGAGAUGACGGUGAAGCAUUUGGAAGGUUUGCGAACGGAAGGCACCGGGUCACCUGACAGGUUCAAGGCUGGAUAUCGUCAUUGUGUAACUGAGGUUGCGAAAUUCCCGGGUCUGGAGUCUGGGUUGAAGAAGCGCUUAUUGAGACACUUGGAAGGAUGUGUUAAUACAACAGGAAACAGACCGGCUGCGGCACCCACUCCUCCCUCCGAUGUCGAAGAUGUUAAUCCUCCUCAGCACUCUGCCAUUUUCAUCUCAGCAGGUGCGGGUUCCGGUGUACGCUUGGUGCCUACGCGUCUACCGAACGGAGACAUCGCUCUGGUCCUUCCAGCUGGCGUCAACGCUGGUACCCUAAACGCCGUACCUUCACUUGUACCUUUGUCGCCUCGAGGUGCAUCAUCAGCCGCGUCAGAGCCGCGCUGCUUCUCCCCUGCUAGCUCAGGCUGGGAUACACCCCCACCACCUACAGAGGAAUCAUCACCUUUGGCGUUAGUUACUCGAAGACCAGCAGAAGAAAAGCCUUGGAGACCGUGGUGACACUCCCUUCAUUCCUUCGCCUUAUCUGUGAUACAUAAUAUUUAAAGUAUAGUAAAUUAAUUUGAUCUGACUAGUCGCAAAGUUUCGCUUGUCUUAAAUUUGAAAUAAUUCUAUACCAUGAGCAUAGCAUUAUGAUCAUGAUGUUGUGUAUGCUCUGUAUCAGGCAGUAUUUUACAACACCAUAAGUCAAAUUGAAGGCGUGCGACCCAGGUCAGAUUAUUUUAUCGCUAUAAGACGUAUUAUAAUAACUUGUAUGUGGUUUAUGAGUGAUCGAAAGUUCCUAUUAAUUAAUUUGUGGUCAGUUGAAUUAGUUUAGAUAGGUCUUCCCUUAGGUUAAGUUUGUAAAGUUUUGUGUAUGACAUCUAUGGCAGUAUUUCACAGAGAGGGACGAUUGUGUCCAAUAUAUUAAAUUAUAUGUUGCACUUAGUGCCAUAUUAUAUUAGAUUGUGAAUGUUGAAUAGAGCACGCAUUCUUUAUAUGAUAACUAUAAUUUAUUAACUAUACGAUCCGUAAAUUUGACGUAGAUUAUUCAAAUCUGUGCACCAACGGAUUAUUAUUUAUGUUUAGACUCGUAUUGUGGGGGAAAAUAUCGCGAGGAAACCGAAAAUUGAAAACGUCAUCCGCCAACCAGCGCCUGUAGUAUGUGAUUCCCAAUAUGGUGAACCCAACGUUCAGUAUUUGUAGAAAUCAGUACGGAAAUAAAUCUUAUCGAAAUUGCAUACAAACGCAUUGGGUUCUAAUAAUGAUCUUCAAAUUUCUGUAAUGAUUAAGAAACUUUUUUUGUUACAUUUGUAAUUCCUUUUUAUGGUUACUUUUCGAUAUUUCCAAAGUUUCUUUUCUUUCUGGUCCCACCAAAAACCCCGCAUAUAUAUUGAGAUUAUUUUCCAUCAUCAUUAAAAUAUUCCUUUAACAGGUAAUGGUCAUUUAGAUAUACUAUUAGUUAGGUAUAAAACAUUGUAUUUAAUUAUUUAACUAAGAAUUCUGCGUGCCUUAAAAAUAAACAGCAAAGUCAUAGUCUUCCAUUAUACUUUAAGUUACGAGAUAAAUAUAACUCUCGUAUAUAACAAAUUAGUAUGUAAAGAAUUUGUUUAACGAUAACUAACAUAUUUUUUAGUGUAUAGUGUUAAAAUAGUUAUAUUUGUACGUACUUAUUGUUACCAAGACAUCUUUACCUGGCCGAAAAUCCAAUUAAACCAUUAAAUCGAAUCGUAAGUUAAUAAGUAAAAAUCUGAAGUUUUCCCAUUAUUAUAAAUCAAGUUGUGUAAAAUUUUAAUUGCAUUCGCAAUUUUAUAACCAUUUCAAUUUAAUUGUAAAAAUAAACGUCGUUAAAUGUCAAUUUUGUUAUUAAACUUUUUUGUAAUAUAUUAAAUUGUGUGCAUAAAAAUACCUACCUACCUAUAGUUUUUAUUAUUACUUUAUAAAUGUAAGAAGUGAUAUUAUGAUAAGGUUACUCAUAAGUACGAAAAGACAUGUAAUAAACAUUUAAAAU